UUGAAAAGUUCCUGACUUACGUUUGGAUUUGAUUUGUUUAUCAACAUUCAAAAUAUUGAAGAUUCAUUCUUUAAAAUCACAUAAAAAGUAUUAAUUUUUGCAAAAUGUUGUCGUCUAUGAUUAAGCAUCAUCAAGAGCAAAUGAAAGGAAGGAAUGAGACACAAGAUAAGCUUAAAAAAGAGACAAUAGAAGCUAGUAAUGAACUUACAGCUAGUUUGGUCGAGCACUUAAACGUCGGAGUAGCAACAGCAUACCUCAAUCAAAAACGACUUGAUUCAGAGGCAAAGAAUCUUCAUGUAGCAGCAAAUAACUUUAGCAAGCAAACACAACAGUGGCUGACAUUAAUCGAGAAUUUCAGCAGUGCACUAAAGGAGUUGGGCGAUGUUGAAAAUUGGGCAAAAACAAUCGAAAAAGACAUGAGAAGUAUAACAGCAGCACUUGAAAUUGCUUAUAAAAUUGAACGCGAAUGAAUUUGAACAAUUUCCAUAUAAUUGCGAUUAUUUUUAUAGAACCUUUAUGGCCCUCUUUAUCGCUGUUGUUUUUUUGUCAAUUUUAUUUUUAUGACAUUCCGCGCAAUACAUCCAUCCGCGC